AUGAGGGCUCAUGCGGCCUCCACCCCCUCUGUUGAGGGCUCCCGCGGCCUCCACCCCCUCCGGGAGGGCUCCCGCGGCCUCCACGCCCUCCGGGAGGGCUCCCGCGGCCUCCACCCCCUCCGUGAGGGCUCCCGCGGCCUCCACGCCCUCCGUGAGGGCUCCCGCGGCCUCCACGCCCUCCGGGAGGGCUCCCGCGGCCUCCACCCCCUCCAUGAGGGCUCCCGCGGCCUCCACGCCCUCCGGGAGGGCUCCCGCGGCCUCCACCCCCUCCAUGAGGGCUCCCGCGGCCUCCACGCCCUCCGGGAGGGCUCCCGCGGCCUCCACCCCCUCCAUGAGGGCUCCUGCGGCCUCCACCCCCUCCAUGAGGGCUCCCGCGGCCUCCACCCCCUCCAUGAGGGCUCCCGCGGCCUCCACCCCCUUCGUGAGGGCUCCCGUGGCCUCCACCCCCUGCAUGAGGGCUCCCGCGGCCUCCACCCCCCUCCAUGA